GAUCCUGAAAAGUAGUUGAGCGUUGGAUUAAAUUUGCAAAUGCAUUUAGGAUUCCAUGCUUCCGUUGGUGUGAGUGGACCCCAUUUGGUGGGCAGGGCAUGCUGGCCCGCUCUCACCUUGCUCAGGAAAUCUGCAGCGUAAUUGUGGUUAUUUCCAGAGGAGCGCAGAGCAUCUAAUAGUCCGUUCCACUUGUGCAGGGAUGCGGCUGAUGUUCACCUCCAAAUGCAGCGUUCUCACUGACAAGUGCAUCUGAGGCCAAGUGAAUCUAAGAAUGAUGCUCUCCGUGCUGGGGAACAUGUGUGAGAGGCAUUGGGAAAACCAAGGAAAUAUUUACACUGGGAGGGGACUGUUUACAGUGCAGUUCAAACAGUUGACGUUAUUUAGAGCAGCCGGUGCUAUGUAAUAUUUUGCUUUUGCUCUUCUCAUGAGGGUCAGGCAUAAGGAAAGGAUCAAAUAGGGCUAGCAGGGCCGUCCUUGGACGGUGCAGAGCAUCCCACAGCUGCAGUCAGGAUAGGUGGUGAGAAGAAUAAGCAACUGUGAUUCAGUCUCGUGGUUGAAGUCAAGGUCAGGGUGGACUCCGGGGUAGUGGUAGUGUAGGGACACCAAUGUUCGUUGGAGAUUUUGGCCCCACCAGCUGGUGUUUGGAUGGUCUCCAAAGCCCGUGUGUGCUGCAGCGUGACGGGUUGUCAGUAAUGUGAAAGUAUAAUUUAAAAAUUUGGAAGUCUCUUUUGUAUUGGGAGAAGGGAAUACAACUGAGGUACUGAUGUCAUGAUGUUCUGUGUGGCGAUUGAGCUGGGAAUUUGCGUUCAAACUGCUUCGUGUUACAGUAUCUUCCCCAGCAUGCUUUGUAGGUAUACCACAUAUUGUUUUAAUUUAAAACCAGCCUGUCUCUCUUGUUCUGUUUUUAGCAUGGCUGACAAGAACAGCACCCUGAAAUGCACGUUCUCUGCUCCUGGCCACAGCACCACUCUACUGCAGGGACUGGCCUCGCUCCGAGCUCAGGCUCAGCUGCUUGAUGUCAUCCUCACUAUAAAUAAUGAAGUGUUUCAGGUUCAUAAAGUUGUCUUGGCUGCCUGCAGUGACUAUUUCAGGGCGAUGUUCACAGGCGGGAUGAGAGAAGCCAGCCAAGAUGUGAUCGAACUGAAAGGUGUAUCUGCAAAAGGACUGAAACACAUAAUAGACUUUGCGUACAGUGCUGAAGUGACUCUUGAUCUUGACUGUAUUCAGGAUGUGCUGGGAGCUGCUGUCUUCCUCCAGAUGGUGCCUGUCGUGGAGCUCUGCGAAGAAUUUCUGAAGUCUGCCAUGAGCGUAGAAACGUGUCUCAAUAUCGGGCAGAUGGCCACCACCUUUAGCCUCGCAUCCUUGAAGGAGUCAGUAGAUGCAUUCACUUUUAGGCAUUUCCUCCAGAUCUCUGAGGAAGAGGAUUUCCUCCACCUGCCGCUGGAGCGCCUUGUUUUCUUCUUGCAGAGCAAUAAGCUGAAAAGCUGCAGUGAAAUAGACCUCUUCCGUGCUGCCGUCCGCUGGCUGCAAUACGACCCAACCCGCCGUGCAAAUACCAGCCAGGUCCUCUGCCACAUCCGCUUCCCACUGAUGAAGUCCUCGGAGCUGGUGGACAGCGUCCAGACCUUGGACAUCAUGGUGGAAGAUGUCUUGUGCCGGCAGUACUUGCUGGAGGCGUUCAAUUACCAGAUCCUGCCCUUCCGCCAGCACGAGAUGCAGUCCCCUCGGACCACCAUCCGCUCGGAUGUCCUGUCCCUCAUCACCUUCGGCGGCACUCCCUACACCGAUAACGACCGCACUGUGAGCUGCAAAGUCUAUUACCUGCCGGAUGCCAGCGUGCGCCAGUUUAAGGAGCUGACGGAAAUGGAGGUGGGCAGCAGCCACUCUUGCGUGGCCGUCCUCGACAACUUUGUCUACAUCGUAGGAGGGCAGCACCUGCAAUACCGGAGCGGCGAGGGAGCUGUGGAUAUCUGCUACCGUUACGAUCCGCACCUGAACCAGUGGCUGCGCAUCCAGGCCAUGCAGGAGAGCAGGAUCCAGUUCCAGCUCAACGUCCUCCAUGGUAUGGUGUAUGCCACCGGUGGGAGAAACCGGUCGGGGAGCUUGGCCUCUGUAGAGAAGUAUUGCCCCAAAAAUAACGAGUGGACUUACGUGUGCUCCCUGAAACGCAGGACGUGGGGGCACGCUGGAGCCACGGUAGGAGACAAAUUGUACAUAUCAGGUGGGUAUGGCAUUUCAGUGGAAGACAAAAAAGCCCUGCACUGUUACGACCCCGCCGUGGAUCAAUGGGAGUUUAAAACCCCAAUGAACGAACCCAGAGUUCUGCAUGCCAUGGUCAGUGCAAAUAAUAGGAUUUACGCGCUGGGAGGCCGCAUGGACCAUGUUGACCGUUGUUUUGACGUUUUGGCUGUGGAAUAUUAUGUGCCUGAAACAGAUCAAUGGACAACGGUGAGCCCUAUGCGUGCAGGUCAGUCGGAAGCUGGCUGUUGUUUACUAGAAAAAAAGAUUUAUAUCGUAGGAGGGUACAAUUGGCAUCUGAACAAUGUUACAAGCAUUGUGCAGGUGUAUAACACAGAGACCGAUGAAUGGGAAAGGGACCUACAUUUUCCAGAGUCUUUUGCUGGGAUAGCAUGUGCUCCAGUUAUACUGCCGCAGGUAACGACCCAGAGAUAACUACGCGCCACUGCGUCGGCCCGUGAAAUCACCUCGUGUUGCAUGUUAUCAGGAUGCCGUGUUGUUUCUUUGUUGUUUGCAAAUGGUAUUGUGCAUUUUGUGGGUGAGGGAAGCAGAAAAAUAGCUUGCGUUCCCUCCUCCAUGAAGUCCCUCCUCCUCUUAGUGCUCUGGCAAGCCUGUUUCAUCAGAAGCACUUGUCAGCCAGUUAGACUUAACAGAUGUUACAGCUGGAAAAAGCUUUUCUCUUUUUUUUCAUUUUUUUUUCUGAUGGGGGGAGCGCAUUUUGCCAACUUUUCAUAUUUUUAACAAUGUUACACAUCGCAAACAUCAACAGCUCAGGAGUAACGAAGUACUGUGGUAUGUUUAAAAGAGUUCAGGUGUGAUUUUUAUCAAUAGUUCCAAAAAUCAUUGUACGUCACUUUGUUGUUUUUUAGCAAACAAACCAAACCAAAACCUGCAUAACAUACUGACCUCCAGAAGCAAUAAAGGGACAGUGGGAGCUAGAAGAGCUCAGGUGCUUGGAUUAUGAAAGCAUAUUCUUGCUUUUCAAAGGUGACUGUUUUUUUUUCCCCUCCUAAAAGGGGAAUACUUAUCCCUGCACACCUCUGGUCCCCGUUGGUUCUUCAUUCCUUGGAUUACACCGCAAUUCCAGAUCCCUUCCUCGCCCCCUCCAGAUAGCAUCAUGAUACUCUAGUCCAGAAAUCCUCCCUUAAUUGGGGCAUCCAGAGUUUGCAACACUAAAGCCAUGUUGAUAGCUUGAUGACAUAUAAACGGGCAUGAUUUUUUUUUUUUUUUUUUUUCCCCUCAAUAACUGCCAAAAAUUGGUUUGGCUUUCCUGGCAAUAAGAGCCCCGCAGCUCCUUGUCUGGGCUGACCCACUGAAGCAGAGAGCACCCCGAGUUUCUGCUUUAGGACUCUGCUGCCUUUGCCGUUCGAUCGCUCCACCAAUACGUGUUCAUCCAAACUCUUUUCGUACAGGAAAGAAGGUGGGUGCUACUUGUCCAUAAGCUUGAAGGUUUUUCUCCCUUGACUUGUAAAUAAGAUGCUUGGCGUCGUAAUAUGAUGGAAGUCUUAAGUGGAAUGGGUUUUUUUUGUUGUUGUUGCCAGUGGGUAUUUUAAAUUAAGUGAUUCAUUUUGAGAUGACUCCGUCAUUUUUGUAAAAUCUGUGUUUACUUGCACAGAAUACUGUCACUUCCUGAACUUUCCUUUCCUCCAAGCCGUUUUUUCUAAUUAAUUUGACUGAUAAUGAAUUGAAAGUUUCUCCUUUUAUCAGGUAUUCUGUUUCAAGGGCUUUGUUUUGUAUCUGUAGAAGUUUGAUUUUGACGUAUGCAGUCCUCUUUUUAGAGAAACUGUUGCAUUCUGCUGUUAAAUAAAUACUGUGCUGUAACCUUUAGAGACAAUAUAUAACGUCUGUUUUGGUAAUGAAUCAUUGAUCAGGUCUGUGUAAAGCAUGAACUCCAUACCUCAGAUGCACUCAACGAUAUUUUUCUCUAAUAAUGAGAUCAAAGCACCUUUGGAUAUGAUACGGUGAGGGCACACGCUCCUCAGUUAAGCUCUGCAUUCUACAUUUUAGAUAAAAUGAUGCGUAGUUUCAUCUGUUCCUAUCUAUUUGCUGUUUGCCAUUAAUAAAUUAAUGAAAAGUACUUGUUGUUGUAUAGUAUGCUGAAGUCAGUGGGCAAGCUCCGCUUUCUAGCUCUUAGGCAGUU